UUUUUUAGUAUAUAAAACUGCUACCUUUGCAUAGCAUACCCAUUACCAAAGCAUCUCCAUUUCUUUAUCCUUCUCUCAAAUGGCCGAAGAAACAGUUCCAAAAUGGGAAGGAAAGUCCACAGCGGAGCUAAAAACCACAACACCAGAGCAGAUAUGGCCCUUCUUAGCCGAGUUCUGCAACAUAGACAAGUUUUUCCCUUCAGUCGAUACAUGUUAUCGUAAGGAAGGGACUCCGGGUCAGCCUGGUCUGGUCCGUUACUGCGAAAGCUCGACCAGCUGGGCCAUUGAGAAGCUUUUAACCAUCGACCCCAUCAACCACUCGCUAAGCUACGAGAUCGUCGAAAAUAACAUAGGGUUCAAAGGCUACGUCGCCACCCUGAAUGUGUUGGCGGUUGAAGGCGAUGGGUGCAAGAUCGAAUGGUCGUUUAUAUCUGACCCAAUUGAAGGUAUGAAGUUGGAAGAUUUUGUUUCUUAUUUGGAUAAUACACUGCUAUUCAUGGCGAAGAAACUGGAAGAUGCUGUCCGGGCUCAAAUCUAGAUGUUGAAAAUUGUUGGUUUUUGUUGUGUGUUUUAGAAAGUUUUGUGUUUUGUAACAACAAUAACAACGAUGAAGCUUCUAAGUUAAUGUUGGACCACGAGGUCUUGUCUGGUUUGCACAUGUGCUAAAACAUUAGAUGUCGGGUUCUCCAUUUUGUUUAAUCUUGGAAUAGAGUUUCUCUUUUAAUGUUAUCCUUUUUUUAAUACGACAA